CCAGGCAUGGAUGAUGAGCCUGUUCUCGCCCACAGCAGGACGGUCAGAAGGAAACUGAGCAGCGCAAAGCGCCUCUCUCCUGCUCCCAGCACCCAAACCUCCUACUACAGCGAGUCCCUGGUGAGCGAGUCCUACCUGGGGGGCAGCCGGGGCCUCCCCGCCCUGGGCCGCUCCAUGCUGGAUGAAAGUGCGUAUUGGGGUGGGGAGUUCUCUACCAGGAGGAGAAGAGGCACUGGGGACACGGAGUCCAGCAAGAUCAACGGGCUGCUGGAGAGCAAGACGUACGACACCUACACCUCUUCGUCUGGGUACUCCUCAGAAGAUGACUAUGCCGGUCACUUCUACUCAGGCCAGAGUAGCUCUGGGUCAGGGCUGAAGUCCGCAGCAUCCAGGGUGGGCUCCUUCCUCUGGCAAGUGUUUACCGCACCAGUUCGGUUCCUGGGGUGGCUGUUCUCGGGGCUGGCAGCUGCCUGGCACCGCCUCGUCGGCACAGCUCCACGCCUCAACAGGGUCCCCUUCUCCAGGCGCUACCCGUGGCUGAAGAGGUCCCUGCUUCUGCUGCUCCUCCUCCUGCUCCUUGCUGCUGCUGCCUAUGGAGCUUGGUACUUCUAUCCCUAUGGGCUGUUGACACACAGCCUCCCAGCCUUCCCGUGGUGGGGAGCAGGAAAGCUUUCCUCCUCUGACGUGCCUGGGACAGGGGACCUGACCACACUGGACCAGGGGCACCACCGGCUCCUGGCUCGCUUCCAGGCCCUGGAGAAGCGCUUUGCGGUGCUGGAGGCCGAGAUGUCGCAGUGGGAGCUGCGGCGGGGAGCGGCAGCGGUGGCAGCAGGGGGAGAGCCACCCCCAGGGGAUGUCCUGGCCCUGCUGGAUGGGCUGUUGAGCCGCCGGGACGCGGGGCUGAAGGAGCAUCUCCGCACCGACAUGAACGGCCACCUCCAGGGUGAGCUGGAUGCUCUCCGAGCUGAGGUGCGGAGGGAUCUAGAUGGACGCUUAGGGAAGAUGGCACAAGCUUCUCGGGAGAUGGAGACACGCUUGCUGCAGCUGAACUCAGAAUGGCAGAGCUCAGUGCAGGAGAGCCUGCGAGGGAGCUUCCAGCAGGAGGUAGGCAAGCUGGAGCAGGAGGUGGCAGCGCUGAGGAGGGAGCUGGCAGGCCUCAAGUCGGACCAGGAGGUGAUGGGGAAGCACAUGGAGGGGAUGCUGGAGCAGCUGAAGGCUGUGCGUGCUGAUGUGGAAGCUCAGUUCCCAGCAUGGGUCAGUCAGUUCCUGUUGCAGUCCCGGCGGGGUGGCACUGCUGGGCUUGUCCUCCAGCGGGAAGACUUGCAAGCAGAGCUCCAGGCCCUGGAGCGUAAAAUCCUGGACAAAGUCUUAGAGGACAGGAGGCUGUCAUCACGGGAUGCUGAUAUCAGAGUGGCCCUGCAGCAAGCGGGGACCGCGGGGGUGACAGAGGAGCAAGUGCAUCUCAUCGUGGACCAGGCCCUGAAGCGCUACAGCGAGGACCGUGUGGGGAUGGUUGACUAUGCACUGGAGUCAGCGGGGGCUAGUGUCAUCAACACCCGCUGCUCGGAGACCUACGAGACACGGACGGCGCUGCUGAGCUUGUUUGGCAUCCCCCUGUGGUACCACUCGCAGUCCCCCCGUGUUAUCUUGCAGCCAGAUGUCAACCCUGGGAACUGCUGGGCGUUCCGUGGGUCCCAGGGCUUUGCCAUCAUCCGUCUCUCCAGCAUCAUCCGCCCCACGGCUGUGACACUGGAGCAUAUCCCAAAAGCUCUCUCGCCCAAGGGGACCAUCCCCAGCGCCCCCAAGGACUUUGCUGUCUAUGGUUUAAAGGAGGAGGGAGAGGAGGAAGGCCUUCUACUUGGGCAGUUCACCUACAACCACAAUGGCAAUCCCAUCCAAACGUUUUACUUCGAGGAUGACACCAUUGGCACAUACCAGCUGGUGGAGCUCCGGGUGCUGAGCAAUUGGGGUCACCUUGAAUACACCUGCAUUUACCGCUUCCGUGUGCAUGGGGAGCCGGCGCACUGA